AUGGACAACAGUCUGCAGCUCAGCCAGAACAAGCUGUCCACAACCGCAACGACGGCGAGGGCCGUUGUUAGUGCACCGACGUCGUCGUCAGCGUCCAUAGCGGCGGCCUCAACGGUUGCGUCAUCGGCUGCCACCGCACCCACCGCCAUCACCAUCACCAGUCUGAUGAGCAGCAACGGUGGUAGCGGCUUUAGCAAAGUGCUGACCAGCGCCAGCGCCAGUAACGGCAGUGUCGGAAGUGUCGAUCCUAAUGGACCGCCCAUAACGCCGGUGUCAUCCGCAACGGCGACGGUGCCAGCGAGUCCAGCGGUCAGUGCGGUUACGGGGACGGGGAGUACGGCGCCCGUCGCGAGUGGGGCCAAGCUCGAGCAGAAACCGGUCGAGUGCAAUCUGUGCCACCGGAAGUUCAAAAAUAUUCCCGCCCUCAACGGCCACAUGCGGCUCCACGGGGGCUACUUCAAGAAGGACUCGGAGACGAAGAAAUGUGAUAAGAAGGAGCACACCGGACCACCGCUGCAGACGGCGAGCGUCGGGGUGCGGGCCCUGAUCGAGGAGAAGAUCAUCAACAAGCGGAGCAAGGAUUUGAAGAAUCUAUUAUUGAAGGGUUCGUUCGUCGUGCCGGCCCCGCCGCUGACCGCCCGGCGGCUGAUCGAAGCCAGCGAAGCAUUCCUCUCGCCCAAGCCCGGCACCCAGGUCGCCAUCGUGUCCACGCAGAAUGGCACCACCCAGAUCAUCAACACCGGCACCCUGCACUCGGCGAAACCCACGACGAUCCUGGCGGCCGGAUCCUCCAGCGUUGCUCCCACCGUAACGGUCCACGGUGUCACGACGACCACGACCGCCGGCACCAUAAUGACCACGGGCUCCGGGACGACCGGGACGGAGCUGAAAGACGCCACGCUGAUUGCCCUGCUCAAGCGGGGCACUAAGGUGGCCGUGAAGCGGGCCGUUACAUCGUCCGACUCAACGGCCGGAUUGCUGAAUGUCCAGACGCACCCGACACCAACCCUGGUGGCCUCGUCCGCCGAAGCGACCCAGCUGAUCGGUGCCCAGACGGUCGUCCUGCCUGCGACGACGACGACGACGGCGACUUCGACCAUUGCUCCGUGCAAGUCCCUGACGACCGUGAGACCCGCCAGCCUGAUCCCCGCUACGUCGGACAGUAGUCCCCUUUCGCUCACCAUAUCGCAGACACCGACGAGCGCGCCCGGAGAUGUGUUCACCCUUGCCUACUCCACCGACUCCGGUGGGGCCACCACGUUCUUCAGCGACAGCGAUGUGUACAACGUGAGCGACACGGCCAUGCUACUGCAGGCCGUGGACUCCAUCCAGCUGCUGCAGGACUCGCCGUCCACGGAGCCACUCGACGAGAUUGCGCUCUCCGACUACGGGCCCAUCGGCGAACAGGAGUUUACGCCAUCGCGCCAGAUCCAGGCCGUCCUCGACUCACCACUCCCGGAGAGCCUGGCCGAGUUCGGUGCCCUAAACGCGAAGGACUUUGUCUUGUACGAAACGGCCACCACUUCUGGGGGCGCUUCCGGCGGCGGCGGCGGCGGGAGCACCGUGGCCAAUGGUCUGCUCCAGUCACCUGGCCCUGGGUCCCACAUCUCACCGCUGCCCUCACCGCUCGCCUACCCAACGCCUCCGGCAUCGCACGAGGCCGUGGCGCAGGCAUCGCCUUUCCUGGACGACUCGCGCCACUUCACCGACGCCGGCUCGUUCUUCGACGACAAGCGCAACCAGGGCUUCCUGGACGAUGGGUUCUUCAAGAGCGAACCCAAGGACGUCGCCGACAUCAAGCUGUCCGACAGCGACAAGAUACUGGCGCUGAAGCACGAGCUGCUCGACGAGAACCACCACCACGAGCUGUUCCGGGCGAACAAGAACAUCCUGGACGAGCACUGCGAGCUGUUCAAGUCCGAGGACAGUUUCUUCGCCGAGCCGAAGCCAUCGCCCGCGGACGGCACGUCCAAGAUGAACCUGGACUUUCUGGAUGACGCGCAGGUAUUCAUCGAGGAAACGCGCAACGCCGCGUCGCCCCUGUCGAAUGCGUUCUUCAGCGCGACCAUGUCGUCGGCGGAGGAAGUGAAGGAAGCGCUGGAGGAGGUGCUCCCCAACGACGACGAUAUCGGCGUGACGGAGAGCGACAUCGAUCUGUACUACCUGAACGGGCUCAGCUCGCUCCAGUCGCAGAUGAUGCCCAACUCGGACGAUCCGUUACUGUCGUCGUCGCCGAAGGACUUUGCCCACCGUCAGCACCAGAAGUUUCUGUUCGAGCAAAGCCAGACGGCACAGCAGCAGCAGCAACUUCAGCAUCAUCAGCAGCAGCAUCAGCAGCAGCCGUCACAGCUUCGUCAACAACCAGCGCAGGCGAACGCCUGCAUGCCACCGAGUGCCAAAAAACUGAAGCCUUGCGUCGAGGACGCGAGCAAAGCUCCGCUCACCGUGCAAACCGAGCCGAUCGCCAAGGACACGGACAGUGUUUUUCUCAGCCCGAGCAGCCUCUCCUCGCACAGCUCAUCGUCGUCGUCAUCCUCUUCAUCCCUCUCGUCGUCAUCGGGCUCGCCGAAACUUCAGCACGCGCUCCUGGGCAACGGCAGCAGCAUUGUGUGGCCACGGAAGCGCUCCCAGAUGGCGGCCGCCGGAAGUUCCGGUAUCGCUGCGCAAGCGCAGCGCAAACCGGCGAUCUACCUAUCGAAGCUGCGCCGCUCUACUACCUCCCUGCCGGCCGCGCACUACACGCCGUCGCCGAUGCUGAACCCGGAGCGAUCCGGCACGACCGGCCUUUACGCGACGAUGAUCCCCAUCAGGUCCCAAACAGGAGCCACGGACAGCGACCUGGACUCGACGAUGGACAGCAGCAAUGACAUUUUCUCGGAACCGCCACUACCGAUACGGCCCCGGAUCAACCUCGGCCCGGACUAUCAGGCCACCCUGCCCGACUGUGCCCCACGCCCGCACCAGAACCAGCACCACCAGCAUCACCAUCAUCACCAUCAUCAUCACUCGUACCACGCCGUCAGCCAACCGCAACAGCUUUGGGAUCCUUCGGUGGCGCUGAACGAGCGCCAGAUACAGCGGUUCGUGGAGCUGGCUCGCUCGUCGGCGGCGCCCCUCGGGUGCCACACGGAGGAGCACGCCCUGAAGGCCCUGCUGGACGCCCAGGGUGAGGUGCACAUCGCGAUACUGAGCAUGCUCCAAGGGACGCCGGCCAGUAUCCACCGGCGGUGGACGGCGACCGAGAUCGAGCAGUUCAUCCACGGGCUGGAAAGCUACGGGAAGGACUUCCACCGGAUCGCGGCCGAGCUGCUGCCCGACAAGGCGACGGCCGACUGCGUGCAGUUGUACUACUUCUGGAAGAAGCUCUGCAUCGACUACAAACACGCGCCGGUCCCGGUCCCGCACCGGCUCGUUGGGGACGUUGGGCUGAUGUCGUCCAAGUAUGUCGCGUCCUCUCCGUCCCCACCGUCCCCGCCGCCGCUGCCGACGGCCACCGACGACGGCCACCACCACCUGAUGCUGCUCGAUCACCGGGAGUACACUAGCCGACCACCACCACCACCAACGAACCUCGCUACCUCGAAGCUGCACCAUUCGAGCCAUCCGACCUCGGUCUCGGGAGCUGGCAGCCAGCCACCGGCGGCAACCAACGGCACCUCUGGCAGCAGCAGCAGUACCACCAGCGAUGUCCGACCGCAUGUCUGUGAGGUUCCCGACUGUUCAGCGAGCUUCUCGUCGAAAGCGGCCCUCCACGGUCACAUCCGUAUCCACUGUAUCGGGCGCAGCCACAGCGCAGUUCCAAAUGGUAAUUUCUUGAGUGCCGCCGGUAACCCCAUUAACCCUAACCUCAUACCGACAAAGGAUGACUAUCCCUGCAAGGUGUGCGGCAAGGUAUUCAAUAAGGUAAAAAGCCGAAGCGCCCACAUGAAGUCACACCGACCGCAGGAUGCAAGCGAUCAGCUGCAACAUCAGCUGCAGCUACACCAACAGCAGCAACAGCAGCAGCAGCAACAACAGCAGGCUCACGAUCGUGAAUAA